AACUUGUCAAUUUUAUUAUUCAGUUAUUGGAAGUUAUCUCAGUUUUUGUUAAAAUCAUCAACAUGUCACUUUAUCAAAAAGGUGUUUUCUUGGUAAAAGGGCUCCGAGAAUUCACAAAAAGUGGAUACAUUGCUGCGGAGAAGUCAUUCAAUGCAAAAGAUUUGGGAGUAGAUGUGAAAGGACGGUCGUAUAUGAUAACUGGUUCAAAUAGUGGAAUUGGCAAAAGUGCUGCAAUAGAAAUUGCAAAGAAAGGCGGUACUAUUCACAUGGUCUGUCGGAAUUCUGAAAGAGCAGAUAAAGCGAAAGAUGAAAUCGUAACUGCAAGUGGAAAUCAGGAUGUACAUGUACAUAUUCUUGAUAUGUCUAAGCUUUCCGAAGUCCACAAGUUUGCUCAUGAGUUUUCAACAAAACAGGAAAAGCUUGACACCCUCAUAAACAAUGCUGGUUGUAUGGUCAAUGAUAGGACAAUGACUUCUGAUAAUUUAGAAAUGAAUUUUGCCACAAAUACAAUGGGAACCUAUGUGUUGACUAUUUCACUUUUGCCUCUUUUAAAAAAAGCUUCCAAACCAAGAGUUAUUACAGUAUCAUCGGGUGGGAUGUACAUACAAAAAUUGAACGUCAAGAAUCUACAAUCAGAGCACAACUUUUCGGGUGAACUGGCAUAUGCUCAUAACAAGAGGCAACAGGUUAUACUCACAGAAGAGCUGGCUAAACUGCACCCUGACGUUCACUUCUCAACAAUGCACCCAGGAUGGGCAGAUACACCUGCAGUUAGAAGCUCAAUGCCAGAUUUUCAUCGACAGAUGGGCAGCAGAUUGCGAUCGCCUGAACAAGGUGCUGAUACCAUUGUUUGGCUGGCUUUGUCAAAUAUGGCAUUGGAACAAAAGAGUGGCCAAUUUUUUCUGGACCGUAAAUCUCAAGCUCUGCAUCUACCUCUUGCUUGGACACGUGAAAGUGCAUCAGAGCGAGCAAAAUUCAUGGAAAAAAUUGAUGAAAUUUUAACUCAAACCAAACCAUCUGAUCUGUAAUCUCCACAAGUUGCAUUCAAAAUAUUUUUGUUUCUUCUUUUGUUUAGUAAUUUUGUAAUUGACUUCAAAUGUAUUUAUGUUCUGCUUCAUUACUAUUAGUCUAAUCGUUGUUUUUUAACCUACUUUUCAUAAUGCAUUGAGAAAUGUUGAAGGAACCAGAGGGAAAUUUAUCAUAUUAUAUGUGAUCCUGCAGAGCUGUCAUGAAAGAAUCCUAUAGGAAUUUUUAUUUCUUAUCUUCCUUUUUGUCAUAUAAACCAGUAAUUAUACUACUCUUUGUUGUGUUGUCUAUAUAGCCCAUUUUAUAUUGAAAUAUUAUUAGCAAACUUUUACAAGUAUAUUUACCACUGCUCAGAGUUCAAUUGAAUCGCUUUUUUACAUUAUUAAUUUUAAACGAAACCAUGAUAAAG